UGAAAAUUGCGUAUGUAAUAUAUCCCACCUAUGAAGAAGGUGGUUCAAGUGAGCCUUGUGACCCAUAAACCUUUUGUUUGAGUGGUAGAGAUGUUUAUUCAAAGUACAUACGAUAAAAAGAAAUCAAUGAUAUCUUAUUUCAUAAAUAUUACUCAGUUCAUUAGUCAGAUAGUAGGGUCGCCAUUCCGGUACGAUUUCGGCGUUUAGUCUCUCCCCAUUUAUUGUUGGAUCGACCCGUACGUGGUACCACCGUAGAAUUCUACUAGAGGAAAUGCAAUUAAGAAUUAAAUUCAUUUCUUCUUCUACUCACACUGUGCCCUACUCAACUGCUGAUAUUGUUUAUGGAAUUGAAAACAGCCAAUCAGAUGAUGUGGAAGGAGCACAAAACAGCUGUGUUGAUGUAGGUGGAAAGGAAUCGAGAAUUUCAUCCUCAGAAAACACAGAUUCAAACGUUCGACAUUCCAGUGACAGAGGCGGUGUAAGAAAAUCUGUAUCCACAGAAAAAGUGAAUUUGUAUAAGGAGAGUGAAGAUAACCACAGACCUCAUCAACUGUAUCCCUCCCCAAAACAUCUACAUUGUAGAACAAAUGGAGUUCGGAGCGGGAUUCACAGAGGAGAACAAACUUACAAUAUGAGGACAAACAGUUUUCCUUCGGGAAGAGAGACGGAGGAUUUGAUUGCCAUGGGAACAAUAUGGAGUCCAAAUGCUCAAACUUCUGUUAAGCAGUUGAACAGUAGCACAAGUAGUGCUAGUUCUCUUACAAACAAUUCCAUCACCAAUGUUACAGGCAGAAAUAUGCACAUCUCUACAUCACAAGGAACAUCUAAUUCUACAGGAUUACCUCAGACUAACAGAGGGCGCUACAAUAUAGCUGGGAUGAAACCAAUUCUGGUUCAAUCAUCGAAAAUCUCCAAUAUGAAAGAUGUUGAACCGAGGUACAUUGAUCCAGUUAUUGGUGCUCCAGCAUCUUUUCAACAGAGACUGAUGGAACUUAGUGCACUUGAGGCAGAAACUAUACGAUAUGAAAGGAGCAAAAAGGUUAAGAAGAAAUUCAAACAAGAUCGUGACUCCUGAUGUCUAAUGUACUUUUUACAAUCAAAUGUACAUACUGUAUAUGCAUGUCAAUGUAACAUUGACCUUUGUAAAUUUGUUAUACAAAUUUAUAUCUUUCCCCCAUGCUAGAGUAAUAAAAUGUAAAGGGAGAGUUUAAGAGUUAUGUCCCCCACCAAAAAUAAAAAGUGUACGCUUUCUGCUUUAAAGAUGGAUUCUUCUGUUUAUUGGAGAUGUUGAGAUGUGAUACUUUGCAUGCAAACAUUUUAGAAUACAUUCUUUUGACACACAAAACCUGGUGGUCACCGUUGAUGUUUCAGUGUCAAGGUUUGUUCAAGGUCAUGCUAGAGGAUCCUGGAAUUUCAUUAGAGUAGACAUUAGUUCAUGUUCUAGUGGUUUAUUACAAAUCUUCUGCUGAUGUGCACCAGAAACUUUAUAUAUAAACAUAUUUCUGUUGUUACAGAACUUAGCAACAAAUAUACAGCCUAAUUCAUUAAGAUAUAAUUCCAAAUUUCCUCUGAUAGCUAUGAAAUUUUGUCGUAUUUCAAUCUUUUGCUUAAAAAAUUCAGAGGUUUUUGUAUGGCAAUGCUUGUGUAAUAAAAUACAUAUAUGUAAUAACUACAUAAAGUAGAAUUAACAGAUCAUUUAAGAAAUAGAUUGUCCUCUAGAGGGGAAAUCUGAAUGAAGAAAAUAUAUACAUCUACAUGUAUAGGCACAUACAGUGCACAUCUUUUAUUUUGUCUGCAUAAUAUGACAAGAAUCCAUCCUUAAAAGCAUGAUAAAGGCCAUUUUCGGUCCUGUGAAUCUCCAAUUUCAAAGCUUGAAAGAAAUAUUUAAACUAAUUUUUGAGAAAACGUCAGUGCAGCUAUAGACAAGCAAAAAAUUUUCUGUCACUGAAGUGUACUAGAAAGAGAACCUUUGUCAUAAUAUGAAAGCCUUCACUUGUUUACUGAAAAAUAACCAUCUUAUGUCAGAAUAUUUUAAAUUCUGAAUUUAGGUAAUUAUGGGGGAAUAAAAACUGAGUUAUAUUGGGAUUCAUGCACAAAGAGUACUUAAUUUUGAAGGAAAACAUGACUGUAUUUGAAGGGUUAUUUAUAGUUUUUUAUUAUAACUCUUAUCGUAGUUCUGUGUACUUUCCAGCAUGUUUGGUUUGAUAGACAGUAGCACAUAUUUAUAUAGCUGAUGACAUUAUUUUCUACAAAUGAAAUGACCAGAUAUUGUGUAAUUAAACAUGAGAAAUACA